CGGGGCCCGGAGCAGAGGCGCCCUCCUGGGAGCUCCACCGCGGCCGCAAGGCGGGGGCGCCGUCGUUCACCGGCCCAUGCUGGGCCCCCGAGCCCCGCGGAGGAGGCGGGACCGUUCUCGGCGGGACAGGUAUCUUCACCACUGUGAGCUCCGUGAAGACAGCGUGCAUCCUCUGUCCUCUUCCUGUUCCCUGCCUUUCUUGCCUUCGUGUCUGCAGCACCUGUACGGUGCCUGGCAAGGAGCUGAUGCUUGACCAUUAUGUUGACAGGAUAGAUGACUGAGCCAACUCUAUGAGCAGGCUCUCUGAGGACGGCUCAGCUGGCCCAGUCUUCCCUCCCCAGAGCUGCCCCCGGAACCAUGGAGAGUCUGAGUGAACUGCAGAACCCUCUGCUGCCUCGGACCCCCACCCCCCUCCAUGGCCCCUACCCCUACCCCGAGGCUUCACCCAGCUGGUCAUGCCAGGAGAAGCUCUACUCCUACCUCCUGGGUGGUGCUGGCUCUGCUCGCACCCACCAGCUCCUGGAUCCGGGAUCCCUACAGCUGGCCGUGGAGGCCUGGUACAGGCCCAGCUGCCUCCUGGGGAGGGACAAGGUCAAGGAACCCAGAGCCAGCAGCUGUGAGACCAGCUUCACAGAGAACAGGGAGCUCCAGGUGGGGCCCACAGAGCGCUCCACAGAACCUGGCCAAGUAGAAGAGGAUAUCACAAUCCAGACUGUGUCCUACGGGGUUCAAGAGGAACUGCAGGGCCAGGAGAAUGACCAGGAGGAGGAGGAGGAGAGUGAUAUGACCUCGACAGACAGUGAAAGUGAAGACAACUUCGUGGCGCUGCCCCCCAGGGACCACCUGGGCCUUACUAUCUUCUCCAUGCUCUGCUGCUUCUGGCCCCUGGGCAUUGCUGCCUUCUACUUUUCCCAGGGGACCAGCAAGGCCAUCUCCAAGGGAGACUUCCGCCUGGCCAGCACCACCUCCCGCAGGGCCCUCUUCCUGGCCACACUCUCCAUCGCUGUGGGCGCCGGUCUCUAUGUGGCUGUGGUAGUGGCUCUGGCAGCUUACAUGUCCCAGAAUGGCCAUGGCUAGUGACCAGCAGGGCCUGGCAUCCUGACUCCCCUGCUCCAACUGAGGAGGCCGUGGGGCUUAGGGUUGCAGACCCUCUGGAGAGCCCUGGCCCCUCAAGACAACCUGCAACCCCAGCUUGUUGAGGGGAGGCCUCCCAGGCUGCAGCCUGCAGGGCUCCACCAUCACUUCUUCUUGUCCACAGCCCCCAGCCCCAGAACAGAGCCAGGGGCACCACUCUCUAGCCCAGGCUAUGUCAGGAAGCAGGAGAGGGUAAGGCUGCCCACCAAGCCAUCCAGGCAGGACCUACCUCUGGCUUGAGGCUGGCUAGGAGUUCAGCCUAUCCUGCCCACCCCUAGAGGGUCACCUGCCCUGCCAGCAACCCACUCCCCAACUCUGUCAGCCUCACCACAGAGAAAAAGCAAGAGUUUACUGGGAGAGAAAAGGACAACUAGGGGCAAGAAUGUGACCCAGUUCUUUUGGCUAUUAGAAGUCUCCAUCUAAGGACAAUCUGAGCUUCCCCAACUCCACUCUCUGGCCCCAUGAGGCCAAGACUCCAGCCAACCAGGAGGAAAAUACAAAGACACAGGGGCCCCGAGCUCUUUCUGGUUCUCUCCUGUAGGUUUGUAAGACACUGUAGAUUCUAGAUAGUGAAGGAGCAUCUCAGGCAUGUAAAGUGCAGCCAGGGCAGGUUCUCAGAGCUUCCUCGUGCAGGAACUAAAGGCAGAUGUGAUGACAGAGUCCUGAAAUAUUGCCAGACCCCAUGGGCCUCCCCAGUCCCUUCCUGGUCCCUGCCCCACCAUCCUUUUCUGGGCUCCUCCUAGGUGGCCCUGAGCUAAUGCCAUCCCAAGAGAGAGUGUCAUCAGCCCACAGCCACGAAGCAUAGGGCCCCAGACCCAUCCCUGUGGGAAACCAGUGAGGCAAGACUCUGGGACAUAGCAUAAAUGAGGGGAGGGAUCCAGGACUGGCAUGGCUGCUAAGCAGCUAGCAGUGCCCAGAAGGCUUCCUGGAAGAGGUGUUCCUUGAGUAAGGCCUAAAAGGAUGAGGAGAAUUUAUCUAGGGGAUUCGUUUUCCCAUAACCCUUAGUAUUCAUGACCAGGGACAUGGCAGGAGUCUCCCAAGCUAUUUGGAUUAUGCCUCAAGCAUCUGGGCUGGAGGCAAACUGUAGCCAUUUCUGAGGGCUCCACCAACUCAGAGAAGAUGGUUGGGCAGCACAUCUCUCAAAGACCAGUGAUAUUUUCCUACUUCUAAAUACUGGGGGUCAGUGGUGGCACCCUGGUCCGUCCCUGCCCAGAACUGCUCUCAACACCCCCAGCCACUAGGGAACAUCCAGAAUUUUAGAGGCAACCAGAAGGGUAAUACAUUGGGAGGGCAGGCCUGUCUGGGCUCAAGCAAAAGACCCAACUGUGCUGGGGAUCUUGGGACUUGGUCAUUCCUAAGCCACAUCCAGAGCCCAGGGCUGUGGAUGUACCACUGACCCACCUUGGCCCACCCACUGCUCCCUGCAUCUCCUGAAACCCCACAGGCCUAGGAUCAGCAGUUUUAAUAUCCCAUUAUUGUAUAUAUUUAUCCUUGUAAUAAACAUUUCUGUAACACUA